AUGUUCGCCCUUCUUGAGUGGCUCGAAACCUUCCAGGGGCAAGCUGGGGCCAGUAACUUUGGUCUUAUAUUUCCACGAAAAUUCGUACAUCGUAUGGCGGGGGGCGCCAUGCCGGGACAAGCGGCAAUUCCCAUCGCGCCGAAGGCCGAGAGCCGUGAGUUCAAGGGCUGUGAAGGCUGUGAAGGCAUCGGGCGCAAGGACUUUAGUAAGGAGAGGAAGGGUAAGGGGAGACGGGGUUGGGGCGCUAGCAUGACCGAUGCACUCGGGUUGCUCGCUGACAGACUAGACUCCGGCGGCUCUCCUAAAGUUGCUUAG